AUGGCGCGCGACACCGUUGUCCUUGCUGACUUGGCGCUCGAGGCAGCGAUUGCAGAGCUGGCCUCUACAACCUGUGCCGUGUCGUACAGCACCGACACGUGGACAGGCCCGAACGGCAAGGCCUACAUGGUGCUGACAGGUCACUUCGUGUCAGUGCAGUGGGAGUUGCGCCAGGUGAUUCUUGCUUUCGUCGAGAUGCCUGGCAGGCAUGGGGGGAAUGAAAUUGCUAAGGCGGUGGAGAAGGUGGUGGUGCAGUGGAAGUUGCAGACGUGUUGCCUCGGUCUCACGACCGACAAUGCGUCUGCAAACGUAGUUGCUCUUCGGCACCUGGCGGAGGAGGGUGAAUUCUCGGGGUACUUCAGCGAGAAGGCGCACUACAGAGUCUCCACGGCCGCCGAGGGGUCGACCUACCCCACUGUGUCGAUGGUGCUGCCUUACUUCUACGCCCUCAUCGACAGCCUGGAGAAGAAGCUGCACACAGGGACGCAUGAACUAGUUCGGCCACUCAUGUCUGCCGCGCUGGGGCACCUGAAGCAGUACGAGUUUGCCAUCGGGGACGAGUACUGGAUCGCGACCUUCUUGGAUCCGUCCAUGAAGGCCAAGUACUUCAGGAUGACACACUGGGAGCUGAUGCAUCCAGGCAUAGUGGCACGUGACGGUGGGCGGCUUAAGCCACGUAUGAGUGCGGACAGGGUGGUGAGCUUGGUGCGCCGCCGAGUGGAGGAGUACCAAGCUCGAGCAGCACGUGAAGCUCCCACCCCACCACCAGCACCAGCAGCAGCAGUGGUGACACCGUUCGAGGACGACGACGACGAGUUUGUGUUCUCUAGGGCACAGCUGCAGAAGCGUGUUUCAGCUAGCGCAGCAGCGAGAGCGGGGGGAGGGGGGACGUCGGUGGGGGAUGAGGUGGAUCGGUACUUAGCGGAGCUGCCUGUCUCGGACGUGCCAGCGCUGCAGUACUGGCAGCGUGCGAGGAACAUGGACACGUUGAGGCAGAUGGCACGGGAUUACCUCGCUAUCCCCGCCACCUCUGCAGCUAGCGAGCGAGCUUUCUCCAUGGGGAGGAACCUCAUCUCCUUGCACAGGCACAGGCUGAACACUGAGCGUGUUAGCGCGAGCAUGACUCUCAGGUCAUGGUACACGUCACACCCUGGGAAGAGUAUUGGUGAGGAACCCGGCCGCAGCGGACAGCAGGCACCACCAGAGUUGGCGCUGGAGGGAGAGGGGCUAGAUGAGGGGGAUGAGGAGGAGGCUGUUGCUGUGGGGGGGGGAACUGGAGUUGAGUGA